AUGACGUCGGGCCGACUUCGCGUCUCGGCGCGUCUUUCGCUUUUGGACAUUAAGAGAUCGCGCCUCAACGCCUGCUCUCUAUCAACCACAUCCCCAGUUCGAAGCGGCCUUUGGAAAAUGAGCUUCGGACACCUCGAUGAACGGGAUCAACGGCCCGCUAAGAAGAGAAGAUUCUUUGUCCAGGAAGAGGAUCAGAUCCCGUUCAGCAAUGGCUUCAACGCGUCUGGAGAACCCCGAGGCUUCCCCGAAGAAGCGGAUAUCAAGUCCACGGACAAACUUGUGGACAACCCAGUCUCCUCCUUGGACGGUCUGAAGUCGCACGAGGCUCAGGAGAUUGCUGAAGAUGCGGCCGCAGAGACAUUUGGAGACUCCACUACCGCAGACCGGAUCGAGAGCAACGGUGUAAAUGGCAGACAUGUGGACGCGGCAGCAGCACGGCACCCGCUGGAAGAAAUAGGAGAUGGAUUCGACAUGCAUUUAUUCAACAAUAUAGUCGGACAAGAUAUGUCACGCGAUACGGUGGAUAAGAUUCGAGCUGCUGCUGGCGACAAUAUGGAGACGGCGGUCAAUAUCUUCUUUGAUGGAUCGUGGAAGACCGCUAAUGAGAAGGAACCGGAUGUACCAGGACAGAUGCCCCAGUCAGCACCUGAAGCUGACGCUACCGUACACGCCGAGAUGGAGGAAAUCCCGCCAGCACCACCUGAUACCGAAGUAAAUGAGACGGCAGUGGAAGGUGCAGAAGUCUUGCCAUCUCAGCCGGCUCUGAGAUAUGUUGGUGCCUUUGGAGUUGCUGCUUGGGCGACCAGAAAUGGCACUGGGAUUGUCCGUCAUGGCGAGACUGUGGGCAUCGAGCGUGCCAGGACCCAGCCGAUGAUGAAGCAGGUUCGAGGGCGGAAGCAAAUCACCAACAACAAAGGCGAUGUCUUGACGCGAUUUAUCAAUACUCGGGGAGAGGAGGUUGGCCGGCUGCCUCGAGAGAGUGCUGAAUGGGUAUCCACACUCAUUGACCAGAAGAUCUGCAAGUUUGAGGGUGUCUGCGUCUAUGCUCCCGACCGGAUCCGAGUGAAUGACACCAUUUAUCUUCAGUUACGAUGCUAUCUUCGUCAAGAAGCCUUCCAACCAAGACCGCUUAGUCGACUGGCGGAUGAUAACAGAUCAACAGGCUUGUUUGAAGAAAAGGAGAGUUUAGAGGAGAAGAAUCUGCGUCUCCGUCAAGUUGCGCUAGUGAAGCUGUUUGGCGAGAUCAACCUUGAGCCCACGUCCAUGAACGAGAUGACAGCAAAGCAUAAAAAGGAGGGACUCCUUCGGGCCGCGGAAAUGGCGGAACAGUACGACAAGAGCAAGAAGGAUGCCACAAAAGACUCACCCAAUGAGUCCGAAGACGAAGGAACGCAGGAACUAGAAGAAGACCAGCUCGACACGCUAUACAAAAAGGCGCAGACAUUUGACUUCAACAUGCCGGAAGCGGAACCACCACCGACAUUUACGAUGGAUCUCCGAAAAUACCAAAAGCAAGCCCUUCACUGGAUGCUUGCAAAGGAGAAAGAUGCAAAGCAAGCCAGACAGAGCUCGAUGCAUCCCUUGUGGGAAGAAUAUACAUGGCCUGUGACUGACGUGGAUGACAAGGUCUUGCCUAAAGUCCACGAAAAAGACCACUUCUACGUGAAUCCGUACUCCGGCGAGCUCACUCUGGAAUUUCCCGUGCAAGAACAACAUUGUCUUGGUGGUAUUCUAGCCGACGAGAUGGGGCUUGGUAAGACCAUAGAGAUGCUCAGCCUUAUCCAUUCCCAUGGACUGCAGGCCGACGAACACACCGUGAAUGGCGCUGCUUCUGUUGAUACCCUCCGUCGAUUGCCCAAGGAAUCGAAAAGCACGGUGCUUGCUCCCCAUACAACUUUGGUCGUUGCUCCGACCUCUCUUCUGGCACAGUGGGAGAGCGAAGCCAUCAAGGCGUCACGGCCGGGCACAUUGAAACCCUUGGUUUACUACGGCGCUGAUAAAGCAGUCAACCUAAGGAAUCUCUGCUGCGCGAGUAAUGCUGCUGACGCUCCUAAUGUGAUUAUCACAAGUUACGGCGUCGUGUUGUCUGAAUACCGUCAGGCGUCCUCGUCACUCCCCACGCUUGGGACACAAGGUGGCUUAUUCUCUGUCGAAUUCUUACGUGUCAUCCUUGACGAGGCCCAUUACAUCAAGAACCGGCUCUCCAAGUCGGCAAGAGCAUGUUACGAACUGAAAGCCGUCCAUCGAUGGGCACUGACGGGCACUCCCAUCGUUAAUAGGCUAGAGGAUCUAUUCAGUCUUGUCCGGUAUUUGAAGGUAGAACCGUGGAGUAACUUCUCCUUUUGGAAGACAUUCAUCACGGUUCCUUUUGAAUCGAAGGAUUAUGUACGCGCUCUCAAUGUUGUCCAGACAGUCCUCGAGCCAUUGGUACUCCGACGAACGAAGACAAUGAAGACGCCUGAUGGAGAGGCCCUCGUUCCACUGCCAAAUCGGAAAAUUACCAUUGAAGAAGUGGAACUUUCCGAACAGGAGCGAGAAAUCUACGACUACAUCUAUACCCGUGCCAAGCAGACGUUUAACACUAAUGUCGAGGCUGGAACGCUGCUGAAGUCAUACUCGACCAUCUUCGCUCAGAUCCUUCGACUACGUCAAACAUGCUGCCAUCCAAUUCUUACUCGGAACAAGGCAAUUGUUGCGGAGGAAGAAGAUAUUGCAGCUGCGGCUGAUGCGUCAAAUGAGCUUAAGGAUGAUAUGGAUUUGCAGGAGCUGAUCGAUCGUUUCACGUCUUCCACUGAGUCAGCUGAAAACGAUGGUGAUCAGAGAUCCAUGGUGCGGUUUACUGCACAUGCUUUGAGGCAGAUCCAAAACGAUGCCGGCGGCGAGUGUCCCAUCUGCUCUGAAGAUCCAAUGAUCGACCCAGCAGUAACUGCAUGCUGGCACAGUGCAUGCAAGAAGUGUCUCCAAGACUUGAUUAGACAUCAGACGGACAAAGGAGAAACUCCACGGUGUUUUUCCUGCCGCGCGCCAGUCACAUCGCGAGAUAUCUUUGAAGUAGUCCGUCAUAAAUCACCCAACACCACACCCACCGGGGAGGAUCUAUAUAGUAGUACUCCUCCAUCGUCUGCAUCUCCAGCUCCCCGGAUCUCUUUGCGACGUGUCAACCCCUUCUCCCCGUCGGCCCAGACUUCUGCAAAGAUCCACGCGCUUAUGGAUCAUCUCACUCGCUUGCCUCAAAAUGAGAAGUCAGUCGUAUUCUCUCAGUUUACUUCAUUUCUCGACUUAAUAUCCCCACAGCUUACAAGGGCCGGUAUCGCCCAUGUGCGUCUUGACGGUACAAUGCCCCAGAAAGCACGAGCGGAGGUGCUCUCCCAGUUCACACGGACCGAUACUUUUGAUGAGGAGGACAUGGAGGACAUUGAAGACCCCGAUAACCCUCAUAAAAAGAGAGCGCCCUGUCAAAACUCGGCCAUGUCUAAGACCUCAUCGGCGCCUCCUGGCCGUCCUAACGUACUCCUGAUCAGUUUACGGGCCGGUGGUGUCGGGCUGAACUUAACGGCAGCCAACCAUGUCUUUAUGAUGGAUCCCUGGUGGAGUUUUGCUGUCGAGGCGCAGGCCAUUGAUCGUGUUCAUCGAAUGGGCCAACUACGAGAAGUCUCCGUGACACGAUUUAUUGCAAAGAAUUCCAUUGAAGGCCGCAUGCUCCAAGUUCAGGAGCGGAAGAUGAAUAUCGCUGGCUCCUUAGGAUUAAGGAUCGGUGGAGAUGGUGGCGAUGAGGAGAGGAAGAAAGAAAGAAUUGAGGAGCUACGGUUGCUGUUUGAUUAUACCACGCACCGCGCAGCCGAUACAUCUGACUUCUAUGACUAUUGUCUCUAUAAUCUUGUCGAUAUCGUUAGCAAGGAUGGCAAUUUCAUCUUGGAUAUUGGACUAAAAGCUGACAGAACGAUCGUUGACGCCGAAGUCCAACACCUGCGUGAGCCAGGGAAAUGGAUCUAUACUCACGGAGAAGCUAUCUUCAACACGACGUACUGGGUUUUUAUGUCCAGGUAUGAGAGUCGUGAGAAGAAUAUUGGCGUCCGGUUCACGCAGACGAAUGAUGCUUUUUAUAUCUUGAUGCUGGAAUGGCCCUGUUCGGAGGAAGUGUAUAUAGACGCACCUAUCCCUGUUUUAAAAGGUCAUUCAGUAACCGCUCUGGAUGCUGCAGGCGAGGAGAGACAAUUGCAAUGGGAGAAGAGGACCGAAGAGAGAACCGGUUCUACUUUCCACAUACCAGCAGAUGUUCUUGAGCGCGAUGAGUAUUGCUAG